CAUUUCAAACACGCCGCGUUGCAUCGGCCAAAGUUCGCCUCCGAUACUUCCCUGUCCGCGUUUCAGUGCAGUGAAGCAUACACACACACACACACGCACACUCGUGCCCACAUUGAGUUUAACUGUACAAAUACUGUUUGCGUUACUCAGCAUUUCCACCAGCAACGGAUUUCUUUCGAUCCGAGUUGUUUUUUGUUUUGUUUUGUUGACGAAUAAAAGGACCAACCAUUGAACACAAGGACAGCAAGAUGGCAAAACGAGCGGCCGGCUUUCUCAUAUUUCGUCGGCUGCGCGAACGUAUCGAGUAUCUUAUGCUGCAGGCCUCCUACGGUCAACAUCACUGGUCACCACCGAAAGGUCACGUCGAUCCGGGAGAAGAUGAUUACGCGACGGCCCUGCGUGAAACGACCGAAGAAGCCGGCUACGCCGAAAGUGACCUGAACGUGUAUCGAAAGCAAUCGUGCACGCUGGAGUACAAAGUGAAGGGACACGAUAAGGUGGUCGUUUACUGGUUGGCGGAACUGCGUAAUCCUGCGCAGGAGGCGAAGCUGUCCGACGAGCACCAGGACAUGAAGUGGUUGGACUGUGAUGGAGCGAUCAAAAUUGCGGGCUACGAAGAUUUCGCAAAGAUGAUACGCCAAUUUGAUGCUAAAAUUAAGGCAAACGAGCUGUGAAUGAUGAUGAUGCGCGGUGGUGUGAGGUAGCGUGUUUCGAGUACAACUUAUUUAUCUCCCGUCUUGCACCGUCUUUUUCCGCGCUAUGCCGUUUUACACUUUAUCGAUAUAUAUAUACAUACACACACACACAAAUACAUGCGCGCGCGCCAAACGCUUUCUCUAAUUGGAUAAUGAAAAUUAUCGAUUGUUCUUUAUGACUACGAUUGUAACUUUAGCCUCUCGAUUAUAUGAUGUAUGGCCAAGUGAAACUGUUCACUUUAAACAAACUAAUAAACGAAGUCAUGUUAUAACGACA